CUGAGGUUAGCUAGCUUCAUCUAACUUUUAUAUAAACUCCGAACUGUCUGCGUGUCCUAUGAACAAAAUGUCUUCGAAAAUCCGGGACAACGACGACAAUUGUGAAGGACGGUGUGCACUGAAGGAGGAGCUGAACAAAAAGAUCAAGGAACAAAGGGUUGUAGUGGACGAGCUCUCCAAUCUGAAGAAAAACAGGAAGGUCUACAUCCAGCAGAGGAACAGUAACAUUUUCUUCCUAGCAGACAGAAGUCAGACACUUGCUUCAUGUAAAAGGGAAAUGGAUAACAUGAAAAAGGAUCUGCAGGAUAUGUAAGACUGACCUUCAUCACAGCAAUGUGUGGGAUCUUUUGUUUGUUGAGUCUGUCUCCCACUCAGUUUGAGUGGGACAAAACAGUUUGUGAACAUUUGAAGAGA